AUGCCCGUGGCUCUUCCCCACGCUAUCUGUGGACCUCAGGUGCCCGGGACAGCACGUCCAAAGGACAUGACGACCCUCGCGUCUUUGAAUCCGUGUCUUUCAGGUGAUUGUAAGGCCGGUACCAAAGAAGCGACCCCGCAUAAAACAACUACCCAGAAAAUGACGACCACGGAGUUGACCAAACCGACGACCAAACCACCUCCCACAACUGCUGCCCACACGACCGUGAAAAGCACACCCUCGACCGCGGAUCCUGUACUUCCAACGGAUUACUGGCACCUUGAUAAAUACAGUGAUACUAAGUGCGGAGAUCAACUCUCUGAUGCGAAAGACAGUGGCUACUAUCGGAUACAGGGAUACAAAAAUGCCAACGAUGUCUGUUUCACGCUAGCAGGUGGGAAUUUGUCAACAGAUGACAGCGGCUUGGAUCUAUGGUGCCAAUGGUGGCCUGGAGAGGGGGCAGAUGGAUACAGGAAUUGCGAUCAAAGUCCUCCACUCGAAAAGCCAGGAUCGUGGAGAUUCACCGCUGGCCCUUCGGGUGGUCAUUGUGCGAGUUUUACGGACGCCAAGUGCACGCACGAGGAGCAGUCAGCCACCAUGGGCCGUGGAGGGACGGGCUGUGUCAAGAACACCAAAGCGCCAGGUUUUGGCUUGGGUAAUAAGGUUUUCAAAUCGAUCAAAUGCGGGUUGGGUAACUAUGCUUACGAGGAUUAUACUUGA